AUGUUUCUUCAAAAAGUUUCUCGACAACAGACUCAUCUCGAGUUGGAUGAAACUCGUGCACUCCGAAACUACACGCUGCAAAAUGAACACUAUGUGAUGAAAAACUUCUCCGAAUUUACACCCGUUGAUAUUAAAAAUUAUGGAUUAGCCACUCAUUUGGAGUUUCACCCGAGCAAGAAUAGACAAUUUCUCAUUACUCAUAAGAAUGCUGUACAAAUUAUUGAUGAUGAAUAUAAAAAGAUUAUUAGAUAUACUAAAUUUCAGAGAGAAUCGCAAGUAUAUAGUGCUAGUUAUAGACCCGGAGAUGGUUUGUUGUUUGCUGUGGGUACCAAUAGUGGUGUAGUGAAAUUAUUUCAAUCCUAUGAUAAAGAACUGACAGCAAAUCGAUUGAAUCAACCUUUGAAAAUUAUAUUUACUCAGAGUAGAGGACAAGAUUCCAAUAACAUGUCCAUUCAAGUGACGAGAUUUCUUUCAAAUCAACACUCGGACACAGUCAUGACAGGAAGUGAUGAUGGCAUUUGUAGACUUUUCAAUAUUUUGAGUGGAAAGAAGACAAGAGAAUUCUCAAAACACUCCGAUUAUAUUCGAGCUGGAUGCAUUUUCACUCCGAAUGGUAUUGAUGGAGGAGACCUUUCUUCUUCUCCUGAUUUGUUUGCCACUGGUGCCUAUGAUCACUUGAUUAAGGUUUGGGACGUGAGAGAGUCAGAUCAGAGCGCUUGUGUCAUGCAAUUCGAUCACGGAGCUCCAGUUGAAUGUAUUGUCAAGCACCCAACUGCUCCAAUACUGUACAGUUGUGGAAGCAAUUACUUUAAAGUUUGGGAUUUAUUGCAACGAAAAGAAAUGAUGACCAUGCAUGGAUCUCAUCAAAAAACUAUUACGAGCAUGUCACUUGCGAGCGGAGGAGGAAAUUAUUUAAUGACGAGUGGAUUGGAUCAUUUAACGUGCUUCUUUAAGAUCGAUGAAAACUAUAAUCAGGUUCAUAAUAUUUCAUUUGACGGCCCAAUUUUAUCAUCUGCUAUUUCUAAGGACGAACGACAAAUCGUUUUGGGAUUGAUGGGUCCAUCUAGAGUUUUAAAGUCACAGAGAAUUGAUCGAAAAGUACUCAGAGCCGAUAUGUACAGAGAGGAAAUGACCAAGGAGAAUUACAAGAAUUUUGUCAAUAGUGCACUCUUGAAUCAAAUCUUCCAAAUGCAGGAUGAAAUUUUCCUACCUGGAAAGCGCUCCGUUAACUUGUUACACUUCAAGUCACAAUUAUCGAAAUAUAAUUACAAGCUUGCGCUGCAACGAGCGGUCACCAAGUUUAAGGAUCAACCAGUCAUUGUCAUGAGCUUGACUGCUGAACUUGAAGUUAGGAAUGAAGUACUGAAUGCAAUUAACACCAUGGAUGAAGCAAAACUCUCUGGUCUUCUCCAAUUUAUCAUACAGUACAUUAGAGAUCCAAGAUUUACUCCUGUUUUAGUUCCUUUCACUCAGACUGUUCUCAAACAUUAUGGCCAAGUUAUUGGAUUGAGCGAAACAGUUGACACAUUAUUAAGAACUCUCAGAAAGAAGAUCAAUCAAGAAAUUCAAACACAGGAAAGAUUGUGCCAACUGAAAGGUGUCCUCGAUUUAUUAAUGCUGACUAACUUGAAUUAUCAGAGCGAAAUUACUUCAAAACAACAAUCUUCAUCUUCCACCUCAGUUUAA